UUGAAAAGUUUCUCGCUAGCUUCAGUUCAGCAGUGUUAAGAAAGAGAGAGCGCACGAAGGAUUGUGCUCGUUAAGCGGCCGGGACCUGUAUGUGGGAUAUUAAAAAGGGGAAUGUAACUGGUGAAACGAGCGGUGAAGACGGCCUUUGUUGUUUGCUUCCACAGAAAAGUGCCUGUACCAGAUUUACGUUUUUGAAAUGAAGAUACUAUGCCUGCACAGUGUGAAGUGACGAUGAGAGGGCACCCCUUGCCAUAAUGCUGAUUAACGUUAAUGUUUGCGUCAAGGAAAGCCGCUUGCAUGGAGUCUCUGGGCCACCCUGUGAGAAGAGCCCACAACUGACUGAGAUUACCAUUAAACUGAUGGAAACGGGGAGCAACCCUGCACCCCUUCCAUUACCUUCUCACUCGGAAAGUCCUCUCCAGUCUGCUCCACCACCUCCCCCAUUACUUGCUCCUCCGCCCCCUCCACCACCUCCACCACCUCCUCCCCCUUUUGCUCCCCCUCCUCCUACUGGAUCUCCCUUUACUCGUGUGGAUGUGACUCGACGAUCGAGACUCAGGAAUUUUAACUGGGAUGCAAUUCCCAAGGAUCGCAUUGUGGGAAGAAAGAGUCUUUGGAACUCUGUGCAUGAUGACUUCCAGAUUGAUGUUACUAGCAUGGAGGAACUUUUUGGGAGAAAGGAGGCCAAUGCAGAGAUGACCCGUGCCUCACGGAGGAGUAUGCACUCCCGAUCGUCAAUGGAUCCUAGUGCUGACAAGGUGUCUUUGUUGGAUGCAAAGAGAAGCAUGAAUAUCGGAAUAUUUCUCAAGCAGUUUAAGAGGGCAGGGAUUGAUCUAAUUAAGGAUAUCAAGCAGGGAAUGAGUGAAUCAUUUGGGUCGGAGAAACUGACUGAGCUUUGCAAACUCCUUCCAGAGAAUGAAGAGGUUAAAAUAUUGAAGUCUUUCCAAGGAGAUCGCACCAGACUGGGUGAAGCAGACUUGUUCAUGGUGCUCAUAGUGGAGAUCCCCAGCUACAGGUUGCGCCUUGAGGCCAUGAUUUUGAAGGAGGAGUUUGAGCCGCAUGUGUCCUCGCUGUGUUCUGCAGCCUGUGUUCUCAGGGAGGCAGCACAAGAACUCCUUAAUUGUGUGGAGCUUCAUAUGGUGCUGGGGCUUGUGCUGAAAGCAGGGAACUACAUGAAUGCAGGAGGUUAUGCAGGCAAUGCAGCUGGGUUUCGUAUUGCAUCUUUACUGAAGCUUGCCGACACAAAAGCCAACAAGCCAGGAAUGAACCUCCUCCACUUUGUUGCAUUGGAAGCACAGAAGAAAGAUCAACAACUUCUCUCCUUUCCACACAAACUUAAGCAUGUGGGCCCUGCCUCCAGGUUAUCGGAAGAUUCAGUUAUAGACGAACUAGACCGACUCCAACAGAGGAUUGCAAGUCUACAGCAUAGUCUGAAAGCAGAGGAGGAGGAGCUGUGUCUACAGACAAAACCUUUUUUGAAGGCUGCAGAGUUGAGACUCUCGGAGGCACAUCAGCUGGUAGAAGCAAUGCGGUUAGCAAGUCAGCACCUUGUAGAGUUUUUCUGUGAAGAUAAUGAAACUUUCAAACUUGAGGAGGCCUGCAGAGUCUUCAGUAGCUUUUGUGAGAAGUUCCAAAAAGCUACCCAGGAAAACGAUCAGCGGGAGUUGCUGGAAGUCAAGCGCUUACAGAGGGAAAAGGAGUAUAUUGAGAAACGGAGAUCAAUUGCAACUUGCUCUGCUUUGGAGGCGAGCUUUAGUCAGAGUAUUAGUGAUGACUUGGAAUUGACUCUUGAGAAGAACUUGCGUAACACCUGGAAUAGAAAAACUAUUCGCCGAAAAGAGUAUCGCCCUCAUCUUGGCAUGGUAGCCAUUGAGAACUCCAACAGAAGGCCAUAUUCUUCUGAAGGACUGCCUUCUUUGUUACUGGAAGAGAGGGCUUUGACUUCACCUACUGAAGAAAACUCCCUCCAAAGUGCUGAGCUUAUGCGUAAAGUAACUGAAAAAGUCUUGAGUCAACAACUGGUGUUCAGUGCUACCAGUCCGUUGAAAGAAUCUCCUGCUCCAGAGCCAGCCAAAGAUCGAGCAGAUCCACGGUAUCCGUCAACUAGUCUCUCUCGACCAGACUUUACGAAGGUAGGAGAGAACCUAGAGUGUCACACACUGGUUAGAGGGUUAAAAUCUUAUGAUAUCUCUCCACCUGUGCAAAGACCAAGUACUAACCACUGCUCAAAAUGGAAACGGGAAUCGGCAGCAAUGCAGAAAGGUGCAGAGGAAAAUGGCAAAGUGGAAAAUGUGCGGACUGGAAAAGAGAUGGAGAGUAAGAACACAAAGGUACGUGAACGUGAAAUGGGGGAAAGAGAUGGUGGAGAAAAAACUGUUUUUCAGCUGAAGGAACUGGAAACUAAUAAGCCGUCGGACUCUGGAAAGAAUAGGACUAAAACAAAUGACUCUGCAGGAGGUAUAAGAAAAUCUCAUUCUUUAAAAGAACGAAGUAGUGUAACUUUAACAUCACCCCGACAGAAAGUAACUAGAUCAACUGAGCAUGCAACAGAGGAGAAGUCCUCCUCGCAACUCGGUAAGUCUCCAUUCUCUAGGGGAGCACAACGCAGCACUCUACCACUCCGGCCUUCAACUCCAGGAUCUCUUAGUGUGAAGCGUCCCAACAGCUUUGGGGAAAAGCGGGAUUCAACUAGGAUCACUCCUGAGCCUAAAUCACCAGAUGAAUCUGGGAAGAUCAAACCCUUUCGGCGAUCCAUUGAGAAACCAAAGCAAGAUCAGGGAAAGCCCACUCUGUCCCAGAGCCUGAACCGUAGUUCACCUACAAAAGUUGCUAAAAGGCUUUCUUAUGGAUCAGAUUCUUCGCCUUCAGGAUCUGCGACAGGGCAGCAGGUGAGGUUGCCGCUGCCAGUCACUGCAGGAAGCCGGACUAGAACAGCAGCAACACUGACAGCUUCUAAAGUAGUGAAGCACAGUGAGCCCACUUCUCCUACUCCAAAAACUUCAACCAGCAGGCAGAGCAAGAGCCCUAAAACGGGUGCUCUGCCCAUGUGGAGAUGAGAACCGAGUGUGCUUCAUGGCAGAUGUACUCUGUUCAGAGCUGUAGAUGACAAGAGGUUGAAUAAGUAGUGAUGCUGGCUGACAGAAGAUCAAUUAACUGCUGUACAGUUUUUUUUUAUAUAUAUAUAAAAUAUUUAUUUUGGGGAGAUCAAUGUAUCAAUUGACUUAUAGCUAAUGCAGGUCUUGGCAGGCAGAAUAAUAAUUUAACCUCUGUGUAGUUCACGUUGGUGGAUUGUAUUGAAUGUGGAAAUGCUGCAAUCGUCAUAGCAGUUCUGGGCUGCAUAAAGGGAAAACCAGAGAGAAACUGCUAGGAAUAUUACAUUAAUUUGUCUGGAUGUGAAUCGGUUCUUAAAAUGUCAGUAUUAGGGCAGUUGGUUUGGGAAGGGAAGGUGGGGUGGGAUGGGUUGGGUUGGGAUUCCCUCUUGAAUAACGGUCAGUAAUCCUUUGAUUGUAAAAUAAACCUUUUAUGUACAUGUGACUCCUGCUCAGUUGAGCUUUACAAAGCCAAUGGGCUCCUACCUCAUUCUCCUGGCUAGAAGCAGGACAGAUCUGGAGGAACAUGAGUAAGUCUCUCUGUCUUCAUUCAUCAUUCCAUUAGCACCUGUCUGCUGGAGACUCAGUUUAGCGACAGUAUGUUCCAACCAGCCUAUAUUUUCAACUGCUGCAAUUGAAUUAAACUGAUUAAAUUCCCAGCACUGGCAGCUCCUUCAGACUUGAAAUAGGAUAGACCUAGAAGACCAGACGGUCUGGAAUUGAGCUUUUCAUAUCAGGGAGUAUUUGUAUUUUUUGCUGACUUCUAUAUAUAUAUAUUUUUUUUAUUUUUUUUUUUUUUUUGAUACCAAAUAAUGGUACAGAAGGUCUGCAAGAGGAAAUGCAUGAUCAGCAUAAUUUUAAUUCUGCCUUGUUCCCUUUAUCUGUUGAUGAAAAACUCUAAUAAAAAUGUACAGAAUCUGUAAGAUGUAGACUGGAUUAUACCACAUGCUCCCAUCAAACUCCUGUUCAGUUGCCAUCUGGUUUGUUAAUGCAAAAUGCUGCAGGAGGUGGCAAUCUGCUGAGACAUUCCAUUAUGGAUCUGUUUAAACUUGGCCUUGUUGUAUCCAGCCAUUGGUUUACCUUGUCUUAAAAAAUUAGCCGGGGGGGGGUCUAGUAGGUGAAAAGUAUUGGUCUUAAAUUUAUGGGUAAAUAUGAGGUGACCUUCUGAAAAAGGUGCUGGGUGACACUAAGAAAUGAACACACUCACCUGUUUGACUCGGGCCUAAAUGAAGAACUUCAGUUUUAUAACAAAAAUGGAAAAAUCUUAAUGGUAUUCUGGGGUGUUUGCGUCAACUUUGGUAAAUUUGUAAGCACAAGUCACACCACGGGCCUCUCAUUGAAACUUGGAGCAGGUGAAUUCAUUCUUGGGAGAGGAGAAGGGGGUUUUGUCCAGGUUGCUCACCAUUUUCUUCUGUAGGCCUCAAAAGACAAGUUGCAAAAUGGCACCUUGCUAGGUUUCUUGUAGUGUCCCCCCAGCUCCGAAAUUUUUUUUUUGGUACUGUUUAAAGUGAAAAUCCUACAUGGUUUUGACUUGGAUAUAGUCCUGUUAUCUGUACC